AUGGAUUAAAAAUAUUAAAAAGCAUUGCAACUUGAAGGUUAUUUGGAAAAACAAAGUCCAGCUCUUUUGAAGGGAUUUCAAAAAAGACAUUUUGCAGUCAGAGAUAAUGGUAAAUAUUUGGUAUAUUCAAAAAAAAAAAAAUUGAGCAAAGAUGUUAAACCGAAAGGUGUCAUUCCUAUUGAUUAGAUUACGUCGAUUGGCGUCAUCAAAGGUACUGAAAGAGAAUUUGCACUUCAAAUAGGAGAUAGACAAAUGCUGCUGAAAGCAGAGUCAAGCAGCGCAAGAGAAUUAUGGACAUCAACUAUUGCAUAUCUUUAAGAAAAACUAUUGGAGCAGAAAGCUCAGGAAUCUAAACCUAAUUCACAUCAGAGUUUCCACUCAAGAGGGUCUGAAAGCGUAAAAUUGGUUCAAAAAGCAUCUUGGAAGGAAUUAGAUUCUGAAACUAAAGCCUCGAUUAUGAUGGACAAGGAAAAGUAGGAAGUUCAGGAUAAGUUUUAAGAAAAUGAGGUUAAGAAUGAAGAAGUUAUGAAAGCAAAGGGAUUAUAUGCAUAUCUUGAUAAGUUUGACUCAAAAAAAUUUGCUUAGUUUGUAAAAUGCGGAUUUUUGUAUAAAAAGGGAAAAAUUGCAUCACUCACUAAAGCUAAGAGGAGAUGGUUCAUUAUCAUCUCCUCUGUCUCUCUUCUAGGAGAUGAUGCUAAUAUCUAAGGGCCUGUUUAAUCAGAUAUCCCAGAUCGCUUUAAAUUAGAUCAUCUAUACUAUUUUGCUUAUGAGUUUAGGAAUGAUUAAAGCAGCUACAAAGGAGAAUUAAAGGCUAAUCAAAUUGAAGAUUUUGAGUUGUUGAAUGUUGACAGAAACUUAGCCUUUUUGAAGCAAUUAACACAUAGUGUGAGUUACGGUUUUAAAUUUCGACAUAGGGAACGUCAUUAUCAUUUUUAUUCAGAUUCAAUAACAGAAAUUCAAUCUUGGGUUACCACCAUUAGAACAAUAAAGGAUUAUAAAGCUACACUCCCUGCUGAGUAAGUUGAAAAUGAGGAACAAGACUUAGGAAUUAAACUAGAGGAUGUUUUAUUACAAGAAUAAAUGUAAGUGAAAAUUAGCAGAAGAAUUCGAAAGGAUAAAUGGUUUAAAAGAAUGGUUUAUUUGAAGAAAGAUUCGUUAAUUUGGGCAAAAUAGGAAACAGGUGACUCCGAAAAUUAUAUAUUGAUUAUAUCUAUAAAAAAUGUUAUAGGUUAGGACAAUGAUUUCCAUGUAUACACUAAAGAUGAAAAAACAUUCAAGUUUAGAACAAAUUCACAAGAAAUAAGAGAUGAAUGGGUUAAGAAGAUUGAUUUUUUACAAUUGAAUUUAAAGGGAGAAUUUAAGGAUUUGGAGAAAGUGACCGAAUUGCCACCAGAAAGUGUUACAAAAUCUUAAUCUAUUGAAUAGAAGAAGAGUCACUCAAUUGAAAAAUAGAAGGUUUAGCCUGAAGAAAUUGAAGAAAAAACUAAUAAUAGUUAGGAUAUUGCUAGUUUUUAUGACAACUUUUUCCAAUAGAAGAAAGAUCUCAAUCUAGUGGGAAAUCAAUAUUUCAUAAGAUUUUCUGUUGUUACUCUCAAGACCAUGAAACUGAUAGAGGGUUUUGAAUAAUAAUUUAUCAAAGUUUUACAUUAAAUUAAUAAAAUUAUAAUUUAUUAAACCCAAUAACAAACAUUGAUUUUUAGAUGGAGAUCAUUUAAUUUAACUCAGAAAUCAAACCCUGCCAAUAAAGGAGACUAACAUCAUGACUAUAGGUUAUAGGAUACCCAUAAAAGGGAAACCCAUUAAAAGGAAGAAUUCAAAUUAGAACUGAAGAUCACUUUGAAAAUCUGCCAAUUUUCAACUAAUGCAAUUAGCGUUUUGAUAAAGAGAAAACUUAUUACAAUGACUGAGAUAUAAAGAUGUGCUAUGUAAUAUGUAUUGUCAGAAAGAGAUAUUUUAGGGACAUCUAUGAUCGGAAGUGGAAAAACAGAAUUACACUAAAUAUCUUUUAUUGAGAAUCUCUAUGUAUGUAAAGGACACUCUAGAUGGUUUAUUAAUUUAAACUAAAAGUUAAUCAUCUAUGCAAGUAUUAAGGUUUAUUUCACUUAAUUCUUAACAUAUUUUAUCAAUUAAUUGGUGAAAAGAAUUAUCAAUAUGAAAGUUUAGAAUUUAGAUGAAUGGAUUGUAUUAUAUGUAGAUCUGAAAUCUUUUAUAGCAUUUUGA